UUUCCGGAAAGGCGAAGGUAUUGGGAGGGGGGUCCUCUCUCCCCGCCCCUUCCCCGCCCCUUGGCCGCAGCGUGGCGGGGCCGGGAGGGCCUGGGCGGAGCUGGCGUCGGCUUGGGGGCGGAGGGCAACAGCGGGUUCGGCAGGGCAGGCAGGAGGACAAGCGAGAAGACCGGCACGGCCGGGAACCGGCAGGAGGAGAGGACCACGCGCUGGGGAUGUGACUCCGCGACCAGAGAGGACUAGCGCUAACCCACCCGGCGGACCCCGGAAUCCGCAGGUCCUGCCCUUGGACCCUUGGCCCAGCCUGGCCAUGGCGCUGUGCCUGAAGCAGGUGUUCUCCAAGGACAAGACAUUCAGGCCGCGGAAGCGCUUUGAGCCGGGCACGCAGCGCUUUGAGCUGUAUAAGAAGGCGCAGGCGUCGCUCAAGUCUGGCCUGGACCUGCGCAGCGUGGUGAGGCUGCCACCCGGUGAAAACAUAGAUGACUGGAUCGCCGUGCACGUGGUAGACUUCUUCAACCGCAUAAACCUAAUCUACGGCACCAUGGCCGAGCGCUGCAGCGAGACCAGCUGCCCGGUCAUGGCCGGUGGGCCUCGCUACGAGUACCGCUGGCAGGACGAGCGCCAGUACCGGCGGCCGGCCAAGCUCUCGGCACCGCGCUACAUGGCGCUGCUCAUGGACUGGAUCGAAAGCCUCAUCAACGACGAGGAUGUCUUUCCCACGCGCGUAGGAGUUCCCUUCCCCAAGAACUUCCAGCAGGUCUGCACCAAGAUCCUGACCCGUCUCUUCCGCGUCUUUGUACACGUCUACAUCCACCACUUUGACAGCAUCCUCAGCAUGGGGGCCGAGGCGCAUGUCAAUACCUGCUACAAGCACUUCUAUUACUUCAUCCGCGAGUUCAGCCUGGUGGACCAGCGGGAGCUGGAGCCACUGAGGGAGAUGACAGAACGGAUUUGUCACUGAGCCCAGACCUGGACCUUGUUGACUGUCAGAUGGACCAUCUGAACACAGAGUGUCCCAGGGAGGGGACCAUCAGAAGUCUGGUGGCAGAGGGACAUGAAGGCCGUGGAGCCCCUCCACACACCCAAAGCCCCUGAACUUCUGGUUCUGAAUCUGCCCACAUGUCCUCCUGACUGCUUGGGAGUGGAGAAAGGAAGAGCUUAAAGGCAGGCAGACAGGAGGAAAGGAGGAGCUAACCCCCCAGCAUGAAGUCUAGAGGGUUUCUGCUCUGACACUUGACCCUUCCACGGUGCUUCCCAAGCCUAUUUGGGGAGUGUGGAUGUGGCUGAAGUGAUGGCAAGAAACGUGCAAGAGCAUGAGCAGCUGGUCUGUGAGUGGACACGGAUGAGAUGUAUGUAUCUGUGUGUAUGUGUGCUAUAUUGACUAUGGGAUGUGUCUGUGAGAGCAAGUUGCCUUAGAACCUUCCUGGCACAUGGGCCGUCCAUAAAUGUUAGGUAAAUGGAUGGAUGGAUGGAUGGAUGAAAGGAAGUAGGGACUAGGGCUUUCAGACCAUGACCACUUAGGAAUGAUGACAAGUCAGUUACCCCAUUUGGUGUUAAGUGCACAAACUGUGGUUAUAGAUGUAGCUCCAUAUUUGAACCUUCCAAGCCACCAUCUUACAUCAGCAUGAGUUCUGGGGAGCUGGUAGGAGGUAGGAAGGGGAGCCCUAUCCUGAGUAUUUAAAAUCCUGGCCCACCAUAGACACAGGUUCAGAUUUGCUCAGCCAGAGAAGCUCGUGCGCUAUCAUUUCCCUCAUCCCUCUGCCUCCAGGAAGGCCUGGUUAUAGACAGCCUCCUAGGCAUCAGGGGUGAUCCCUCAUGUCCACAAAGGUCCUCUGUCCUUAAAUCAGGAAUCAUACCCUCCAAUCUAGCUCCCUGAAUCUCCAGAUGUGGUUGUGAGGAUCUGAAAAACAGUAGAAGAUAAUCCUCCAACUCACAGAGCUGAUGAACUUGAGCUGGGAAACUCCAGAGCCUUAUCUCCCAUCUGGGAUAUUGAGGACCACAUAGCUGUGAACAGACUCUUCCAGGCUUGGAGAGCCCCCAUCCUGCAAGUACCUGCAAGUACCUUCCCAACCAUCUGAGACAUUCCAGCUGGUUAGAUCUCAGAGCAUAGCUAUCCACAGAGAAACUGGCAUGGUCAUUCAGCACUUAUUACUCAGCACCUCCAUGCCCAGCCCUGCACCCAGACCCACAAGUAAGAAAACUGAGACAGGGACAGGGCCCUCCUGUCCUGGAGAUGGUGGGCUGGGGGGCCAGGAUGGAGAACCAGAAGGAAUCCGAGGAUCAUCCAGUCUCACCUACAGAAACAUCCGUGGACACAGGAGGAAACUGAAGCCAGAAGAGAGGUGGGAGAAAUUGUCCAAGGCCUCCCAGCAAAGCUUUUGUGGAGCUGGAGUAGAAACCAGGGGUUCUGACUUUCACCCCAGGCCUGUGGAUUGUCACACAGGGAGAUGAGAGGCACUCCAAAGGAGUGUUUGACAGCUCUCUCCAGAACACAGCUGUUUUUUGCUUUGAGCAAGGAUUUCUAGCCUGAUGCCAGAGUACCCCACCACCCCUGUGGUCUGCUGGGGUUGUCUGCUGAGCCAAGCCUCCAAAAUCAUGCCCCUCUCCAUGGCCCUGCAGCUGCCAGAUCUCUGGGGAAGCAGAUGGGGCUCCUGGGGCCAGCCAGCUGGACCUGGGACAGCUGCCUCCAGAGAAAUUCCCAAGGGAAACACUGGCUCAGCAGCUUCGCCAGAAAUUCUGGCGUGGGGCUGGGGGUCUGGGGGGAAGUCAAAGAGUCUCCCAAAGAGGAUUGUGUAUUGGGAGUUUGAGCCUAGGCUACUGCCAGUGCUGAUUAUGAAAGUGGUGGUGGUGGGGGGGAGUGGAAUGGGGGCAAUCUACUUUUUGUGAAACAGAGGGAAAAUUUAUCUUAGUUAUUUUUGGUAAAAUAAAGGAGGCAAACUAAA